AGUUGGAGUCGAGGACAAGAAAAGAGGGAAGCCAGAAGGCAUAAAUUAGGUGCGUGCGUGAGAGACACCCAUUUUCUAAUUCCUAUAUUUCUUGAGAGAGAGAGAGAGAAGAAAAACAAAGCGAGGGUUAUCGUUUACGAACAACAAGAAGCUCUGGAUUCCGCCUCUUCCCGUCCUUCGAGACGGUUGUUAUGCUGCUUGCUCUUCAGGUUGGACUGGGUUUGAAUCUAAAGGAUUGUGAUUUAUAUUUUGAGACAUGGAGGGAGUUUGUUUCUGGACAAAUUGCUACCAGUAUCGGUUUUUUGCAUUCCAAGAAGUGCUUGAUUGGCGAGUUUUCAUCCUUGGAGAUUUUCAUCGGGUUUCCUUUGUUAAUUGCACUUAGUGUUCUGCUCCCCUUUAAUGAUCAGCGCAGGGUACGUGAUGCUACUUUCUUCUGAUACAGGUGCUGCAUCUUUAGUGCACUUGUACAAGUAAGCGCUUAUUCUUAUUCUUUGCAAAACACCGAUCCAAAAAGAAGUGUCUUGAUAAGUGUUCCUUUGACAGUGCAUUGCUGACCCAACAUUCAGUUAAAACUUCCGGGCUGAAGUCUAUAGAUUGGUGACUGAAUAUUGGAUUCUGGCUGCAUCUUUUGAGUGAGAAGCAUUUGCAUUGAAUCAGUGCGGACUGUAGUUAUUGAAUUUGUCUCGUUGUUGCUCUUGAUGGGUAUAUUUGCUGACAAUACACCAGUUAUCCAAAGUUUCUGAAAAAAUCCUACAUCGAUUAGAUGAAGUAGAUCUUGAUAUGGUUAUGAAGUCUUGGGUCACGGUUAUUUUAGCUAGAGAGAAAUGAUAUGGCUUUGAUCAGCCAUUUUAGUGGGACCUGAGAAGUGUCAGUAUGAUCUCUGGUUUUUGUUCAUUUAUACCACCUUUAUCCUGCUACCAUUUCAAAGCUGUGGGUCUAUUAAUGAAUAAAGCUGUGCAGCCCGUCCGUCUGAAAGUUUCUGCUUCUAUGCCCUCUUUUGCUAUGACAGAAAAUUGAUGGUGGAUUUUGCUGGACAAGCAGGAACCUGUUAAUAUUUUAUAAACCUCUGAGCAUCAUCAGCUACACGAGAUAAAUGCCAUUUAUCUUUUGUGUUUUUGUUUAUAUUUGUUGAAUAAAGAAAGCGCUGCUUUGUGUUCCACGGGAACAAUGGAGAGGUACAAGUUAAUUAAGGAAGUUGGUGAUGGGACGUUUGGGAGUGUCUGGAGAGCUAUUAAUAAGCAAACUGGUGAAGUUGUUGCUAUUAAGAAAAUGAAGAAGAAAUAUUACUCUUGGGAGGAGUGUGUAAAUCUGAGAGAAGUCAAGUCAUUACGAAAAAUGAACCACCCAAAUAUUGUGAAGCUGAAGGAAGUUAUUCGGGAAAGUGACAUUUUGUACUUUGUUUUUGAGUACAUGGAAUGCAACCUAUACCAACUUAUGAAAGACAGGGAAAAACUGUUUUCUGAAGGUGAAAUUAGAAAUUGGUGUUUUCAAGUUUUCCAAGGUCUUGCUUACAUGCACCAGCGUGGAUACUUCCAUCGUGACCUGAAGCCUGAAAACUUGUUGGUUACGAAGGAUAUAAUCAAAAUCGCUGAUUUUGGCCUAGCCCGAGAAAUCUGUUCACAACCACCCUACACUGAGUAUGUCUCCACACGAUGGUAUCGUGCUCCUGAAGUGCUGCUUCAGUCUUAUCUGUAUACAUCUAAAGUUGACAUGUGGGCAAUGGGUGCUAUAAUGGCUGAGCUUUUCUCUCUUCGUCCACUUUUCCCAGGUGUAAGUGAAGCAGAUGAGAUCUACAAAAUAUGUGGUGUAAUAGGCAAUCCAACCCUUGAAUCUUGGGCUGAUGGACUUAAACUUGCAAGGGAUAUUAACUACCAGUUUCCACAGCAUGCCGGUGUGCAUCUUUCUGCGUUGAUCCCGUCUGCAAGUGAUGAUGCAAUCAGCCUUAUCACAUCACUUUGCUCCUGGGAUCCCUGCAAGAGGCCAACAGCUUCAGAGGCCCUUCAACAUCCUUUCUUCCAGAGUUGCUUUUACAUUCCUCCAUCCCUUCGCAGCAGAGCUGUAGCGAGAACUCCUCCACCCGCUGGAACUAGAGGAGCACUGGAUCAGCAAGGGGUUAAGAGAUAUUCCGGUGCUUUACCUAAUUCAAAGCUCACCAAUAAUUUUUCCUCGCUGAAAUUACAUCCUCCUUUAGCUUCAGGUGUGCAACGGAAGCUGGAUAUGGUUCAUCAGGAUGCUAUUAAGAACGAAAAGCCAAUGAGGACUACUAAACCUAAAUAUCGACAGCCGGGAAAGGAGAGCCCAACUUAUAUGAACAAGGGGAGGUCUGGACGUGGGGUUUCUGAAACAGCUGAGAAGUUGGGGAAUUUGACUGUUGGCAGUCGAAGACAAUCAAUGGGGCGUCCUCCAGCAAUGAAGGCUGGAGUGAAUUGGAUUUCUGAAUUUGGGCCAGCACAACAGAUUCCGACUGGAAGAACUUUCACAAGAAAAGUUGCCGGAUGAAGAGGGAGAUUCUAUUUCUAUGAUAUAUGCAUGCUCAUUGUGAAUGUGUGUUUGGACAUAUAAUACAUAUCUUCAUGACUUAGCCCUACUCUAAACUACAACAAUACUAGUACUGCUAUUACUUGUGUGGAACAUACAGAGCUAAGCUGAUGUUUUUUAAUAAAUAAAUAAAUUUGUGCUUAUAAUAUAAAUAUAGUUUUUCCUUGUGUAUA